AUGGACGCAAAUGAUCAGGAUGAGCAAGAGGUAGAAUACUGUAUCUGUAAAUCUAAUGGCGCCGACAAUCUGCCAAUGAUUUUGUGCGAGGGCUGCGAAAUGUGGUACCAUCUUCACUGUCUGGGAUUUCAACCUGGAGAUGAUGAGCUGAUCGAUGUGUUCGUCUGUCCCGGUUGCGAAGAGAAGACAGCGCAAAGGACGAGCUGGCGUAGGAAGUGCAGCAGAGAAGACUGCAAACACGCUUCAAGACUGCCAUUAUCGAUAUACUGCUCGGAUGCUUGUGGAAUCUACCUGAUGAGUUUGAAAUUACGUCAGGUGAAUAUACAUCCCGAGUCUUUGGACGACGCAGCAGGUAAGAUCGGCAACUACAACAAUAUUCCUUCGGUGGUUUUUGACGGCGAUGGGAACAAGGUUUCCAGUGUAAGUCUUGCCGCUGAAUCCAAGAAGGAAGACUGUUUGUCUAAGCUCUCCAAGCUCGCAAAUCAGAUAGAAGAAUAUACCAAUCAAAUUAGUCUACUCAUAAAGCAAGAAUCAUACCAUCAAUUGGCGAUAUCACGCGCUAGUACUCUCUCAAACCAUUUGCUCACUCUCAACCAGAACACUUCUCCCGUAAAAACAAAGUCGAGAAAGGGAGCCCCACCACCGCCCAAAGGAUAUUGUGGAUUCGACUAUCGACUGCUAGCAGAUGACGAUGAGUGGCCGGAAUUCAACUCGCAGGACAAAGCGCGUGCUCACGCCACAAGGAAUGGAAGAAGAUGA